AUGUCGCUCCAUACGUUCAUUGCGGCGGUGCUCGCUGACCUGCGUAAGGAGAAGGCGGUGCGUAUGGCUGCAAUCUUCUGGAUGCUUUGGACCACGCGUAAUGACAGAGUGUGGAGAAAUAAGGUGUGGGCAGUGCAGGUGAUGCACAAUCAGAUUUCGAUGUUAAUAAGUACCUGGAAUGAGACUUACAAACGGGAGAAUACCAGAGUUCAGUUACGCGAUGAUGGUGCGAAUUGGGAGCCUCCAGCGCUACACUGGUUGAAGUGCAAUGUCGACGCAACGCUCUCGUCUGUCGGUGUGUUCGGGGCGGCGAUCCGUAAUCAUGAGGGGCGCUUUGUGGCAGCAAGAAAUGAUUUCUCGUACGUAGGACUAGGCGUGAAGCAAUGUAUACAAAUUGCUAGAGGCAUUGGGGACGUUGUUGUUCGCCAUGUCAGGAGAUCAGCGAAUCGAGUGGCUCAUGUUCUUGCACGAGCAACCGAUUCUUCGUCUGGCUCAGUUUCUUGGUCUGAUGUACCACCUGAUUGUAUUUCCAGCAUGUUGGCUUAUUAA